AUGCAUGGCCCGGACCGGCCCGGCGUGGCCCACAAGAAGUGGCCCGUGAGACAUUAUUCUCAACCAGAAGUUGGUAAUGCAGCUGGAAAUGAGGGGGGUGUGGCUGACAGGAUCAAGCAGUUUGAAGCUGAAAAGUACCAGAACAAGCAAGUGAUGGGCAGUCCUCUUCCCAAGGCCACGUUCGUCUUUGACGGAGAUGACCCCAGUACCCCUCUCAGUCAGGAUGUUUUUUUUCAACAGGAUAUUAAUUCGGAUGCAGACUGCCUGAUGGAAUGGUGGGAGAAGGUUCAAGAUGAAUCAUGGGAACAGCUUGUAAAUGACCCUGAACACACCAAGAAGGGAGAAGCAGAACAGUUCACUGUGAAGGCCCAGAGGGUCCUGAACGCAGUGCAGCUGUUCAACCUCCUUCUGAAUACACAUGGGGAGAACCUGAAGAGUCACAUAUAUGAACUCAAUGGCAUUGCAGACAACUUAGAUAAGUUCUCCAAGGGAACCAAGAUCGCUGGUAUCACGGGUGGGGCUACGGGGGCAGUUGGAGGGGCAGCGGCUGUGGCAGGGGUGCUGUUUGCCCCCGUCACCUUUGGAGCCUCACUGGCCUUGACAGUCCUCGGCGUCGGUGUAGCGGCAGCUGGAGGGGUGACAGGGGCAUCUGCUGCUAUAGCUAACAAAGUAAGCAGCACAAAUGACAGGAAGAAAAUUGAGCUGGUCCUCCAGGACUUCCAAGCCAAAAUGGAUGAUAUUGAGGCCUGUUUGACAUUUAUGAAUGUUGGCAUGGAGCAGCUGAGAAAGCAUGACCUCUCAACACUGAAGGUGGUGAACACAGCAACCUACAGAGUGGCCAAGGCGGCCGAGGUGACAGGAGUGGGAAGCACCAGUGCUAUUAAAGCCAGCAGUAAAGUGUCUGGGAAUCUCCAAGGCUUCGCUCUGGGCAUGGACAUGUACUUCUCUAAGGGCAAGAAUGGCAAAGGAGAGCCAAAGCUGAAGAGUAAACUAGCAUCCGAAUUUGGAAGGAAAAUACGUGAAAUGGCUCAGCAGUUGGAUGAAGGGCUAAAUGAAUUGUUCAAGGUCAAAGAUGGCCUAGUGGAAAACAAUCUCAUCCUCUGAAUGGGGCAGAGCAGUGAAACCAAGUAAAAGAUAAUUUGUGAAAAGCACAGUUUAUCACAUUAACAAGGUUAAAUUGCUAUUCCUAAUUCUAAGCUCUACUUUUUUACUUCUAAGGAACACAAACAAAUACAUAGCAACCAGGUAAUGAGAACUGGUAAAACAAAAAAUGGCGUCCAACAUUCAGUAAGGUUCUAUGUUAUUCUAUUCGAUAAUUUGUCUAUGUUGUCUGUAAAUGAGAAGUCAUGGUGAGGCUUUGAUGGAUGCAGUUUAUUUUCCUUGGUUAUUUUCCUUGACUAUUUAUUUCUUACUUGUAACUUCUACAAAUUCUUAGUUAGUGCAUUGUGUUCUAAGGGGUUCUUCAGUUGCUGUUCUCUAUUGGGACAGAACAAUUACAAUUUUUGUAUAUUUAAGUAAGAACUCCCUUACUUUUGUACUUCACUUUUCUACCACUGGGUGGCAGCAUUUGCGGUGUAUUGAACUGUAAGAUUUGAAAUAGUUAUCUUCAAAAUUAUACUGAACUUCAUACGUGAUC